AUGUCGGUUUCGCUUCCACAACCAUCGGGUUCAGCAAAAAUAUAUGCAACAGAAAGCCCAAAUCAGUCGCAAGAGAAGACAUGGAUUUCGAAGAAGAUGUAUGUCAUAUUUGUAAGGUUUGGCUUUUUCGCUCAUUGCUCCGCAGGAUAUGUCAGAGAAAGGAAAGAAGUCUCAAAACAG